GAGAGUGAUGAGGGAACAACAGUGUCCCAACAAGAUUGCAAUAGCAGAAAAGAUGAGAGAGAAAAGGGGAUAGAUGUAAAAAGAAGAGAGAAAAGAAGGUUUGUCUUUUGUUGGUAGCAUUCAAUUCUCUUAUUUUCUCUCUUCCUCACACACACACUACUCUCUAGCUAUUCAUCCAGAAUUCAUAACCGACUCCUUCUCUCUCUCUUGGGAAAUGGUUUUAAGAGGAAAAACCAGAAGGCGGUUUCACCAUUAAUGGGGUUCUCCAUAGCUAUCGAAUUAGAAGCAGCACAGCAACAACAAGAGCAAGAGACAAAGUUUUUAAGCUCCUCUCUGAAUAUCAUGGCUUCUUCAACUGUUAAGACCACCAACUCAACAACUCAACUUGAACCACUCCCUCCACAUCUUCAUCAUCAACAACCACCACAUCAUUUUCAUCAUCAUCAUCAUCAUCAUCAAAUACCAGACCAACAAAUCUCCUUUGGGAUGAUGCCAUCUUCCUCAUCACACUCUAUCCCUGCAAAUUACUUAAGCAAAGAUUCUGGAGCUUAUGAUCUGGGAGAAUUGGAUCAAGCCUUUUUUUUAUAUCUUGAUGGUCAAGCUGACCCUUCUAGUGUUCAAGACCAAAGACAGAACUCAUCAUCAGGAAUGAGGCCACCACCAACUCUCAAUAUUUUCCCAUCUCAGCCUAUGCACGCAGUGCCACCACCCAAUUCCAAGGUUAGCAUGGAGUUACCCUCCACGCAAACCAGUGGCUCCAAGAGACCAGGGUCAUCCAUAACCAAGCCCAACCCUCACACUGAAGCUCCCUCAGCACCUGAACCACCGAAAGCUGUAAAGCGAGAGGGAAAUCGCAAGGGAGCAACCUCAAGUUCUGAGCAGGAAGCACCCAAAACACCAGAUCCUAAGACACUGAGAAGACUUGCUCAGAAUAGAGAAGCAGCAAGAAAAAGCAGGCUCAGAAAAAAGGCGUACGUUCAGCAGCUAGAGUCAAGUAGAAUUAAGCUUAAUCAGCUAGAACAAGAGUUGCAGCGUGCAAGAGCUCAAGGCAUAUUAAUGGGUGGAAAUGCCCUUCUGGGAGGUGACCAAGGCUUUCCUAUGGCUAUGACUGGCAUUAGCUCAGAGGCUGCAAUGUUUGACGUGGAAUAUACGAGAUGGUUAGAGGAGCACCAGCGUAUAGUGUGCGAGCUAAGAGGUGCAGUGCAAGAACACCUCCAUGAAAACGAGCUUCGAUUAUACGUGGACAAUUGUUUGGCUCACUACGACCAAGUAAUGAAUCUCAAGAGCAUAGUGGCCAAAACAGACGUAUUCCACCUUGUUUUCGGCAUGUGGAAGACCCCAGCCGAACGUUGCUUCAUGUGGAUCGGUGGUUUCAGACCCUCCGAACUCAUCAAGAUUAUUCUGGGUCAAAUUGAGCCUCUCACAGAGCAACAGAUACUUGGGAUAUGUGGGUUGCAACAAUCCACACAAGAGGCAGAAGAGGCUCUUUCACAAGGGCUUGAUGCCCUAAACCAAUCUCUCUCGGACACUUUAACUUCAGACUCUCUCUGGUGUCCUCCAAAUAUGACUAACUACAUGGGACAGAUGGCUGUGGCAAUGAACAAACUCUCCACCCUUGAAAGUUUUGCGAGACAGGCUGAUAAUCUGAGGCACCAAACCAUUCACCGUCUGCAGCAACUGCUAACCACGCGCCAAGCCGCAAGGUGUUUGGUGGCCAUUUCUGAGUACUUCCAUCGUCUUCGAGCUCUGAGUUCUCUCUGGUUCACGCGCCCUCGCCAAGACUAGUUUCAAAUAACUUUAUAUGACCUUGUAGCUUCUUUCUUCGUUUCUUCUCUUAAAUAUUCUCCUAAGUUCCUUCAUUCUCA